AUAAACUUGAAGGAAGAAGGAAACAAAUGCGUUUUUUUAAUGUUUGUGCUGUUGCCCAAUAGCCAUUGGUACCUUUCUGUAAUAGAAAUGGGCUACACAGCUCAAGCAGCAGGCUUCCAGCCUUGUUCGGUUGUUUCAAUGCCCGUAUCCGGGAUAGUUAAAAAAAGAAAAAAAAUAAAGCGGAACACAGAAGUGUGGUGUCCAAAAAUAAACACCAUGCUUUCCGCGGCAACACACAAAUCAAGGUGACCAAAUGAGAUAGUAACCUGCAAGACUUCAUAAUUCCUUUCAUCUCUCUGGUUGGUGUCAAAUUCGUGUGUCUGUUGAUUUUUUUUCCCCCUCACGUUGCUCUGGGUCUGAAUCUGCUUCCUUUUUUUCCCCUCUUCCUGUGAACAACUUCAGCAGCUAGCGCUCUUGGACUCCUGGUGGCAUCAUAAAAGAAAUCAAAGGGGAAACGUCAAGCUGAAAGGAAGGGGAAUAAUUCUAGGUGUUUUUUCUUCAAAAUCCUCCUUGUGCAACUGUCAAUGGGAAACACCCAUGAUCCAACAGGAGAAUUGACAAUUGACGACAUAAAGAUUGACGAUGAAGCAAGACCAGAACCAGCAUCAACCCCAAGGUCUUUGUUUAGUCGUAAGAAAACCAAAACAGAGAUGGAGAGAGAGAAAUUAUUUGAAGGGCCGAGCGACGUUCAGAAACCAAGAAUGAAAAGCACCCAAGAGAUCCUCACCAAAUACAAAUUUGGCGGGGAUGCUGCUGCAGCUGCAGCUCAUGCAAAGGAUAAGCUCAACGAACGGGGGGAGAAACUUGCUAGAAUAAGCCAAGAAUCCGCUGAGCUUCAAAGUGAAUCAGAGAAUUUCGCCUCCCUUGCUCGUCAGAUCGCAAAGUCCAUGGAGAACAAGAGAUGGUGGAAGCCAUGAUCCCUGGUUGGGUUGUACUACCAUCCUUGCAUAGGCUGCCUUCACUACGCUCUCUUAAAACACACAUAAGUUUUGCCCUUACCAUCUCUGUGCUGUGGCCAUAAGCUGUACGUCCAGACUUUGAUGGCCUGCACCACCCUGAUUACUAACCAACCUCCGAUGACACCAAUGUGUUUAAUGCAAGAAAUCGUGUCCUCUGAACCACUAUGUACUACCCCACCAGCUACUAACACAUAGUUAAUGAAAGCAAAGCAAAGGAGAGCAACGUGCUUUGC